GGCGUAGUAUCGACGAAAUUGCAAUCAGUACGUGCGGUGAACGCCGAAAGAGCGUCAUGGGACCACAAAUCCUCCCAAAAUCGCUCUAAAAACCCGAAUUUUUCCAUUUUUGCUCGAAUUUCUCGUAAUUACUAAAACUAACCUCAAAAUUAGUCAUGGAUCAUGCCAGAUUUAUUAGUGUUGUCAAGCAGUUCCCCCAGGUGUGGGACCGAAAUUGCGCUACUUUCAGGGAGCAAAACCUGAAAAGUGAAGCUUGGGAGAGAAUCGGCGAAAUUAUGAAUUGUCCAGCUUCGUCCUGUAAAGACACGUUCAAGAGUCUUCGGGAGAAGUACGUGAGAGAAAGGGAAAAACAGGCCAUGUAUGCGGACAAGUACAUGCCCUGGCAGCACCUGGAGAGCCUGUCUUUCCUGGACCCCCAUAUUAUCCUCAGAAAGCAGUCGCUGAACUACGACAGUGACAUGUCGAAGCUGCCCCUCGAUGAGACGAAGAUGAACAUGACGGACGAGCCAUUUUUCGUCCAACUGGCGGAAAAUUACAGCGAUUUUGACAAGACUUUGAUCGCGUUGGUGCGCAAGGCGAGCCCCAUUUGGGACCGCAAGAGCAACGGUUACCCCAGCAAGCAGGUGAAGUACCAGCUGUGGCGGGGUAUAGCCCAGGCCAUGAACAAGGAUAUUAACGUCUGCAUGAUGCGCUGGAAGGGGCUCAGGGAGAAGUACAUCCGCCAGAAAAAUAAGUACCAAGAGGGGGAGGGCAAGUGGGAGUUUCUGGAUGACAUGUCGUUCCUGGACAAGGUGAUCCAAUACCGGCGCAAGAACUGCGAACCGGAUAUGAGCUUUCGCCCCCAGAGUGGCCCCGCAGAGGGGUUCCCGUUUCACAAUGACAUGUACGACGACAAUUCGAUGAACUCGUCGUCAAACGAUUUUAUACCAACUGUUAAAAGUGAGGAUUUUGGAUGUGAUAUGCAGGAUAGUUCCUACGAUUCCGGGACGGCCAGUUCCGGAAGGAAGAGGUCAGCGAGUGAUAAUAGCGAGUCGUCCUACGAAAAGAGGGAAAAAGUCGAAGAGAUUCAGAAAAGUCCCGAAGCUAUGUUUGGGGAACUGGUGGCAGCGAUGCUUGCGAAAAAGACUGAAAGGGACAAAAAUAUAGCCAUGAUCGAAAUCAUGAAGGUGUUGACCAAAUGAAGGAUCUCAGAGGGUAUAUUUUCUCGGAAUAGUGUUUGGAUAUUAUUUUUUUAUACAUACAGGCUGUCCCAACAAGCCGAAAGAGCUCCAUAACUUGUUUAUUAUUAGAGAUAUUGAUUUUUUCUUUUUUUAGAUUAGAGAUGCUUUUCUGCUGCAUAUGUUUAAAGUACUGCGGUAUAUAUACAAGAUGUUCCAAUAUAAAAAACACUAAUGUUGUUUUUUUCAAAUGGAACGCCUAAAUUUUAUUACAUUUUUGGACGUAGCUUUUGCAGCUGCUUAGUUUUUCAAAUUUGUUUUUUUACGAAAAAUCGUAGAAAGAUAGGACUUUCACCACUGUAGAGGGAAUAAUUUAAACUUAAUUUAGUAAUUGUUAAGCGCACUGCAAUUAGGAACGUAGAAAAGGUAAGAAGUUUGUUAAAAGUUAAAUAUGUAACUUGAAAAAGUUAAAUGGAACACUCUAUUUUUUGUUCUUGCUUCUCAAGAUUAUUAAAUUGUCUAUCUAAUAAAAACAUACAAUUUCAAAUGCCUAAAAAGAUAUUUGAUUUUAAAAAUAAAUUUCAGCAACAAUACACAUUAUGCAUGAGCAUUGUUGUUAUCGUGGUACACCAUACCAUAACUACCAAGGACCAUUUAUUGCAGUUCAUAAGAGGAUUUAAAAAUUCGGCAAAAAUAUUAAAAUUUUUGUUAUUUUACUGUAAUAACUAAGGGUAACAUUAAAUGUUUAAAGUUAAAUAUCUUUUGAAUGAUCAACAAGACACUUAACAGUGAAUGUUUUUAGAAAAAAAGGUCUUUUAGAUGCAAAAAUAAAAAAUUAGGUGUUCUAUUUAAAAUUUUUAAGUUAUUCAACUUCAAAAAACCUCUUAAUUUUUUUAUUUUCGUGAUUGCAGUAAGCUAAAGAAAUUACAUCCUUUGAGUUUAAACUUUUUUAUUUAAAGUUGUGAAAGUCCUGCUUUUCUAAGAUUUCUAGAUGUUAUCACUUUUUUUAAAACGUGUUGUCAAAAAAUUAAACAAUUUCAAAAACAGCAAAAUCGAUCAAUAACAAGUUAACUUUAAAACCAUCAGUGUUAAAAGCUACAUACCAAAAUGCAAAAAAUAUAGGCUGUUCUAUUUAAAAACUAUAAGCCUGUGUUGUAGCUGAUUUCGGAAACAUCCAGUGUACUUGAAAAUAAUUUUAGGUAACUCAGGAGGUUAGUAUCUGCGGCCUUCGUUAAAAAAGAUUAAUUUUCUAACAUUUAGAGGUCAGUGGACUUUUUCACAUCGUUGGGACAGCCUGUAUGUAAUUAGCGCGAUCAUGUAAUGACUGAAUGUCGUAACUGUGUAAGUAUUUCUGAGUGUACCAAUUGAGUUUUUUAUUUUGUUAUGAAUAUAAAUAUUUUAGUUAUAAAUAUACCGUAAAUGUUAAA